CAGACAGUCGCGAGUUCGUCCGCGGUGCGGUCGAUCGUGUGUCGUACUCAUUCUUUGUACGAGAAGGCGCGCUCCUUGAUAAUAAACGCGACGCGAAGGAAAAAAAUCCGCGCGAGUGGACGCGAUCAGAAAGAGAGAGAGAGAGAGAGAAAGAGAAACAAUCAUCGCGCGCGAGCUCGAAGUGAUCGUGAGAGCCGGAUCGCCGUGACUUGGAAGAGAAUACCUCUUACUUUUCUCGACGCGACAGUCGCUCGAGGACUCGCGAUCGCAUCGGAGUCGCGGGUAAUUCGAGUUCGAAGAUAUUCGAGAGAAGAUAUCGAGAGAGAAAGAGAGAGAGAACGUCGCUAUUGUGGUUCGCGGUGAACUGAUGGUCGCUGGUUCUCGAAUCGAGCAACUACGUGUUGGAAUUCGCUUCAGAAUAAUACGAAACAACUGUGAGAACGAGCACUAUGGAUAAAUCGGAUGCCGCGCGAAUGACAGAUCGAUGACAGGUGCGCUCGCGCGACCCCGCGUCUCGAGAGCGCUCCAUUCAAUCGCGAUUAUCCGCGAAUAUUUCGCUUCCCCCUUCCCCCCGAGUUAUGGUCCCGCUCCCAUAUAAAUCCCUUUAUCCGGAGUACUCGCGGCGAUCGUAAAUCUCGACCGGCUUUGCCGACAAUUUCAACGGCGUGUGCAUUCCAUUCGCGCUAACCGGCGAUCCUCCGCGGAUUCCUGGACCAAUUGCACCUGCAAUCUUCAAUCGCAUCUCCUCUUCCACGGAUUUCUCUUAUAGCGGAAAAGGAUUGAUGCGAAGUAACAUUGAAAAGCUGAGAACACACGUAUAAAGUGAACGGGAGAGACUCUUUUCCGUCCGCGGAGGAAGCGACGUUACAAAGACGUGUACGUGAAAGCAAGCAGGAAUAAAACGUAGCCAAGAGAGAGAGAGUUCUUCACGGAAGAGACGACUUGACCGAGGAGGAUACGCUGAAAAGUGGUCGCGCGUUGACGCGAGAGGUUCAACGCCUCGCAUUCUCCGCGAGUAUCAGCAGGGAUAACUCAGCCAGCUGAUAUUCGUCUAGUACGUCGCACGUGUUCCUUCUUCCUUUCUCUACAGUCGCGUUUACGCAGCUCGAUAGUUCUAUAUUUAGUCCGGGAGGGAGAGAAGGGACAGAGGGUCUCCGAAGAGACGGGUCGACCUCUCAAAAGGGUCGUCUCGAAGAACCGAUCCGAUCAAGAAAUGUAAUCAUCGUUAUUACACCGUUGCCUGGAAGAUUGUAUGCACCCGAUUCUCGGAUUAAUCCGCGAUUCUGGAGGCAGGGUGUUGCUACAACGCGAUCUCGAGGGCGUAUCUUAUCGUCGGUUGAUGGCAAAGACAGCCGAUAAGCAAAAAUGCGAGCGUGAGAAUGAAUCGGAGUCGAUCGAGGGGGAAUGGUUCGCGUAAAGCGAUCGAAUAUAGUAUCACAUAGUGCGUGACAGCCAGUGCGUAGAGUGUCAUCGAUAAUGUGCCACGAGAUAACCGCGAUAUCAAAUGAUAAGGUUCGCUCGAUCGAAAGUCGUUCUCUUGAAAAGCGCGCGAAAAGGGAGGAAGAGAAGCUUACUGGUUUUUCACGCUAAGUCGUGAUAUAUGAAGACAUGCUGACGGCUGAGGAUCCCGAGGAGUCGCCGAAGAGGCGGUCCACGUUCUACGUGUCAUUGGACGGAGGCGAGCCGCCGACGCGACAGUCGGUCGCCAAGUUGACCAAGGGUCACUCGACGGACGACAAGUUCAUCUGCAACACCUACCCCAUCAGCAGCACGUCCAAGACACCCACGAGCGGGUCCCUGACCCGCACCCUGAGCAGCAACGAGGGCUUCUCGUCGACCGCGAGACGAAUCGCGGACGAGACUCUACCCGAGGUGAGAGGCAAGGUGCAGUCGUUGACGAGAAUCUUCGAGGCGUCCAAGUGCGACCGGAUAGCCAGCGGGGGUCAGACGGAGCAGAGAAAAAAGGUCGAGAGGACGAGGUCUUUCAAGACGAUCGAACGAUUUCAGAGCCGGUUUACCGGCAGGAAAGAGUCCAACGGCAGAAAGGACAGUCGUCUGAACAAUACCAUUGCCUGCUUCGAGGUGGAAGACGCGGCCGGAUGCGGCAAGAAGCUGUCGAAUGUCGAGCAGAGACCCGCCGCGACGAGGAUCGUCAUCGAAUCGGCCGCAAAGUCCUCCCGCGGUCAUCAGGAGCAGCCGAGAAGCAAACAGAGCACGACCCUCACGAAUCUAUUGAUUCGUAGGACUCACAGCACGAAGCUGGCCAGGAGCAAUAGCACGCUGGUGCGAAUCGGAAGGCACGCAUCCGUCGACAGUCCUUGCGCCGUUGAAAAGGACGUCCGUGUGAGCAGAUACAAGGAUGAGGAGGCCAGCGAGGAUCCUGCUGUCGCCGACGACGAAUGCGUCGAAUCGUCCGUCUUUGAAGACGCCGACAUCGAUGGCGGGAUACACUCAGACACAUCGUACGAGAAGGCUUGUCGAAGGGGUAGCGCACCCGCCACUCCUGUACUUGGGGCGCGACCCUUGGAUGUCACUCCGAACAGGAUCGUUAAUUUCUUCUCGAAACGAUCGUUCCGGUCGAACCCUCUGAAGAGAACGAAGAGCGUAACGAAGCUCGAACGGCAGAAGCAACGGGGCGCCGGUCUUCGGGGAUGCCGUUCGCACGAAUCUCUCCUCUGCGGACAGGCGGUGACCUCGAUGGACCUCGCGGCGGUGACGCCGCUGCAUCCCAGCCUCCUCGGCAGGCCCCACUGCUUCCAGGUCACGCCGAGCACCGGCGGGCCCAAGUAUUUCAGCUGCAGAACCGCUCACGAACGGGACCAGUGGUUGCACAGCUUAAGGAAAUCCGUCCAGCCGGAUGCAGAACAAACACGUCGAACGGAUAAUUCCCUGCAGAUCUGGUUAUUGGAGGCGAAGGGCGUGCCCGCAAAGAAGCGAUAUUUUUGCGAGGUCUGCCUCGACAGCACCUUGUACGCGCGAACAACUGCCAAGCUGAAGGCUGAUUUGUGCUUCUGGGGCGAGCAUUUUGAUUUCCAUCACUUGCCCUCCGUCAACACGAUCCAGGUCAACCUGUAUAGAGAGGCGGAUAGGAAAAAGAAGAGAGACAAAAAUGUUUUGAUCGGUUCUGUUAGUAUACCAGUGCACAAUGUGACGUCACGUUAUCUGACGGAGAAAUGGUAUACCGUAGUAGGUGACAAAGGACCUCUCAAGGAGCCACCCGCAUUAAGAGUAAAGUGCCGUUUUCAGUCGGUUGACAUACUGCCAGUUCAGGUUUAUCAGGAGUUUCUGGAAUACCUGAAGACCGAUUACGCGUCGCUAUGCGAAAAACUGGAACCCGUCAUAGGUGUCAAGGCGAAGGAAGACAUCGCGACUGCUUUGGUGGCGGUCAUGCAACGGGAAAAAAAGGCGCCGCAAUUCCUCGCAGAUCUCGUCAUGAUGGACAUUCAUCGAAUAGAUGACGAAAGACUCACGUUUCGAGGGAAUUCGUUAGCCACGAAGGCGAUGGAAGCUUACUUGAAAUUGACCGGGGACAGAUAUUUACAGGAGACUCUGGGAGCCGUUGUGAGAGGCGCGGUCGAAGGCGGCGAUUGCGAAGUGGACCCACUCAAGGUCGCUUCCGUCGCCGCGUUGCACAAACAACAGCAGAACCUUCGCAACGCUGUGGAACUAGCAUGGAACAGAAUAUUAUCGAGUCACUCUCACUUUCCGCUAGAAUUGCGCGAAUGCUUCCGCAUUUUUCGCGAACGUCUGGCCGAUAUGGGUCGGGAAGACAUUGCAGACAAUCUCAUUUCCGCGUCAAUCUUUCUGAGAUUUCUCUGUCCCGCCAUUCUCAGUCCAUCUCUCUUUAAUAUUACACACGAGUAUCCGAACGAGAAAGCAGCGAGAAAUCUCACUCUGGUCGCGAAGACACUUCAGACGCUUGCAAAUUUCACGAGAUUCCAGGGCAAAGAGAACUUUAUGGAGUUCAUGAAUGAUCUACUCGAACGAGAAGCUCCGUCUAUGAAGAAUUUCUUGCAAUUAAUUAGCAGCCCACUGCCAAAGGACGCACCAGCCAAUAAUUCGCUCGAGUUUGACGGCUAUAUAGAUUUGGGCAAGCAGCUAUCUCUGCUGCAUGCUCUUUUACGAGAAAGUAUGGCAGCGAUAGCACCGUCCUCGCCGUCGAUGCCGCCGUCGCGAUUACCCGAAAUUCUCGAUAGAAUCUCUUUGGCUCUAGAUCAGCCGGGUCCGAGUCCUGUACCUGCCGCGCAUCGUUAUCCGAAUCUGCAGAAUAACAUCUUCCGUUAUAAUGAUCCGACGAUCGCCAACAGCAACACAAAUCUCUCCAUCUCGGCCACGUCAACACUGAGCAAUCAUAGCACGAUAAACGGCACGAUCAGGGAUAGCAAUGAGGUGUUGCAAACCAACACUCUUGGUCACAAUAGCUCGCGCAGUCCUAAUGUCGCUAGAGCGGCGACUCUACCGCGAAACGCUUAUCUGCCGACGAACGGCAAGUUGCAACUGCAAAUCAGCUCUGAUGAUUAUCCUCUGGAGCCACCAGCGUUCGUUUCGCGUUCGCCAACGCCAAUUACGCGGCAACAUAGGCCGCUCGGGUCCAAUCGUUCUGGGCCGGGUUACAGACUGACAGCCAGCGCAAGUUUGGCUAACGUCAAUCACUGCCAGACUCAUCCAACAAGUCCCACGCGUUCCGAAAGUCACAACAAUCUGAAAGACUCCAACUAUAACAUCACUUCUUCAUCACAAAACAAUCAGUCGAGCAAUGGAAGCAUCGUCUUGCAGCAGCAACAUCGGCAUAACAUUGCGCGUCUGCAAAAUCUCGAUAUUCACGAUCGUGAGGAUAAUUAUAAUCACAACAAUUACAACAUGUCGAGAUCGGCUAGCCGAAAUCAUUGCCACAAGGAAGAGAAUGCCAAUCAAACGCAGCAGCGUAACUACAAUGUCUCCAAGACUACGGUGAACGCGAAUGUGGUCGUUAAUCCACCCACGAAUCUCACGUUGUCCAUCAAUCAUCAACCUAACAAUAAUUAUAAUCCUCCCAAAACAAACAACCAUGCUACAUCCACUAACGGCAACCUUGAUGAGCUGUCCGAUUUACUGAGAUACGCGGAUGAUGAAGUAUCGGAAUCCAAGUCACAGAAAGGCUCGCAGAUUUCCAUCUCGCAAUUGAGCAACGUGGCUUCUUCCGGUUAUCAGAGCUUCGCCGCUUAUAGUCAGAGCUCCAGUCCUGUAGAUCUUAGCAGCAACAACGCGAAUGCGCAUAUUCUCGGCACAGCGCCGCUAGCAUUCGCUAAUCCUGUUUAUCACAUGGAAUCUAAUCACGCGAGGACGGGUAGACGCGAUAGCAGCAGUUCUGAGGAGAGAGAAGGUAGCGGCGGCGGUGGCGUUGACAGUGUGAGAGGUGUCGAUUUGAGUCCUUCGCCACCACCCAAGAACAAUGUACGAAAUCACCAAAGGAACAACCAGAACCAAUGGCGGCAGGGUAAUCAAACCCACAGGAACAACUCGGAGCAUACGCAGGACGUCUGUUGCCCAAAGCUCCGAAGAAGGCUCUCACUGGACUCUACGCGAGACCUGUCAGAUACCAGCGAGGAGGAGAAUUGUACCACCAGAAGGAGCAAAUCUCGCAGUCAUCGAAGUAUCGAUCAGUACGAAGUGGAAAUGUAUGAAGUGGAGAGGCUGCAGAAUAGCGUAGAUCGACUGCGAUUGCGCGCGCGAUUAGGUCCCACCGACGAUGCCGAUUUAGAUCUCGCGCCCGACAACAACAUGAAGAGCAUCAUUUCCAGAUUAAUCUCUGUGGAGGAGGAGCUACGUCGCGAACAGCAGAAGAUGUCAGCGGCGCUGUCGUACAAGCAGCGCGUGAUCGACGCGCAGGAGCAGCAAAUAGCCGCAUUGGGUGCCGCGAAUACGCGUCUCAUGUCGACCAACGCGAGCCUGCUGUCGGCGUUGAGCAAGCAACGUUAUAACAGCAAGUCCCAGGCGAGCAGCGAGGCUGCGCCCUUGUUGCAGAACAUUGCCGACAUUGGCGAACUCAAAAGCUCGUCGUGCUAAGCGUAUCGUUGUUACGACCGGGAAUUGUCGAGAACAAGAAAAAUUUUUCAGUUCAUAGAACUGUUUCUUUGAAGAAUCUCACGUGCUGCAAACACGUAGAGAUACGUCAUGCCAACGUUCACCUCUCUCCUUCGAAUAAUGAUCUGACUGAGUGAUGUAACAACUUUUAUAAGAUAAUUGCGGAAUGUAAGGAUUCUGAAAGGAGAAUGCUGAUUAUUGGUCAAUCUUGCGAGCAAACGUGGGAAUUUUCAUUAUUCGAGGAAGGGAAGCUUAUUCAGAAAAAUGUUUAUGGGUCUUCCUUAGUUGUGCGAUUCGCUGCAUGCAUUCUCUUCGUCGUCGUUUAAUUAACACUCCCGAUAAGAUCUCGCGCUCGAAAACUGGAAACACGCAGCGCAAGCAAGCAGCCCGAUUUUAACUCGGACUGACAAAAUUGUGAGAAUACGUAUGUGAAGCAUUAUGCCGAGAAACGCAAUACAGAAUAGAUUGCAACACAAAAGAGAAUGGCGGGCGAAUAAA